UGCCCCCUCCAAUCCCUCCCCCCACAAACUUUCCUCUAUCCCGAGCCCCCACUCUCUCGCCCAUGCGACUCGUCGCCGCUGCCGCCUGAUUCCGGCGACUUCCCGCGGCGAUGGAUGGGGCGCAGCACACGCCCCUCUCCCCCUCGCUCCGCUCCUUCCUCCCUCUGGCUAGAUUCACCACUCCCAGCCACGAGCGCUCACCCGCAAGCCCUCCCCAUGGCUAGGGUUUCGGUGCCAGUGCGCCUCCGGUGGAUCUUCUCCGUCACCUACCGUGUGUUGGUUGGUGCUCCUGGAACAGCGCGGCACUGAGGCCCUCCUCCCGCGCGCGGGAUGUGCUUACGCGACGCACCCCGGCCCGCGGCGGCAUGUUCGUGACGAGUGGCGCCCUUGUCCCGCUCAACUAUGGUGGCGGCGAACACCGAUGGUUCUUCUCGUCCUGUAUCUCUAAGGACGCGUGCCGGUACAGCUCAGACAUCCCCGACAGUAAAGCUCGUCCUCCCAUCUGACAUGUACAGGGUGUCCUCACCUGCGUGGAUUUGCCUCCUCCUCGGCACGGAACCUGCAACAUUAAACAAUGUAGCUAAGCUUGAGGCAUCCACCAAGGAGGUUGAGAUGUUGCAUGUUGUACAAAAUCAAGAAACCCAAUACCGCAUGACAAGAAGCAAAGGGAAUGAAAGAACAUCAGUUGUUUGUCCUCAUGUAGUUUUGAUCUUUUAUUGCAAGGUAUGAUCGGGUAGUGGGAUCUUGUGCUGGCCAUCACAAUCUGCCAUGACUAAUAGUUGCCAUCAGGAGGGCUACUAGCAAGAAAUUGAAUAUCUUCAAUAAUGUAUAUGCUUUGAUGCUGUAAACUAGAUUGUGUUGGUUUUUAACAUUGGCUGAAGUUGUAUUUCGUUAAUUGAUGUUGUAAAUUAUCAUUACAUGGAUUAUUUUGUGAGCUAUUAUGUUGUAGAUAGGUUUGGAUGGCUAUGUAAAUACCAUGUGAUCUGUGUAUUGUAUGACACUCGGAAGUACUUUGUUUUGUGGAAAAA